GCAUUCUGUACUUCUGACGGCACUAGGCUGCCGGUCGCCGGCCGACACGGACUUGACGUAUUCGUAUCGUGCCAUUUCAAUAACCAUUGUAAACAAACUAUGUGACAGAAACCUCUCUGUUUAUUAAUUAAACUGAAUGUUUGGACAAAUAUCUACAGUGAAAACUAUUUAACCGUUGUGAAAAUUUUAGGCAUUGUUGCUUUUUCGCAAAUCUAGACGGCCGGCCCCGUGGAAUUUAGUGGAGUUGCAGUAAUCAUGCCAGGUUAGAAGGCGUAUUUUGGUGUGCAGUGUUUAAGUGAAAGGAGCUUGGGUAUUGCGGUAUUGUUUAUGAUUCGGUGAGUAACUGUUACGGAGAUCGUUGAUCAUCUACCCGGUGUGACGUUGGACUCGGGUCGUGUGUGAACACAGAUACGUUGGACUUGGGCAUGAAGAUGAAACAUUAGUGCAUGUGGAAGAUGUUAACUCAACUUUAUUCGUAAAAUUCUUUUCAAUAUCAUCAGCGACUCGUACAUGAUCAUCUAGAGUAGAAUGCCGGCGCUCCGGCUUCUGGGGCGUAAAUGGCUGGCUGCCUCAGAUGAUCUUGUAUUUCCGAGUAUUUUCGAACUUCUUUUCCGUUUCGUCUGGUUAGUACUCAUCGCUUUGGUCGUCGAAGUCCUUUACCCCAUAACAUGGCAGUGUCAGACGGAUGGCUGGCACGGCGGCGCAUUCGUCCGACUCUACUUGUGCGGCACAUUGGCAUUACAAGCCUCCCUAAUGUUGCUGCUUGCGGCACUGGCGCAGCAGUCCGCCAGAGGGACUAUUACAGAAACGGACGCAAGAAAACUUGUGUCACCUUUACUUUUACUUAAAGUAUUUCUGGUCUUACCGGAGGUUGCGUUGAAUGUUAUGGGAACCAUGUGGAUGUUCUGUGAAGUCAUAGAGUGUUCCGUAACGGAUACGUUUUCUAGUAUCGUUAUACAAAGUAUAGUUCUUUUUAAUUGGGUUCAAUUGGCAUUAACCGUGUUUGGAUUGUUCAUGGUGUUCGAUCCUCUGGGUUCAGUAAACUAUGGGGACAUGCAGGAUACGCCCAACCAGGUGCGGCACCAUAGGAAAGUGACCGGACUUUGGUCUCGACGGUUUAGGUGGGCGUUUUGUUGGCUGAAGAGAGACGAACACGGAAAGGAAGCCUUUCAGCAAGUUGCAGCACUCCUCAGUGCUUUGUUCAGAUCUACGGACCUGGUGCCUUCUGACGUUGUCGCCGGCUGCGUGCUGCUUCGAGUGCGUCAGAAACGUGAGACGAGAGAAAUGCGUCGCAUACAAAUGCUUAACGACGAGGAACCAAUUUAUACGACUGACGUCAACAAAGUAUUCUCCGAAACGCCGCCCUGGAUGAACUUAGAUGAUGCGUUGCACUAUUUGAGGCUAUCGAUCGCUGCUUACGGAUGGCCAUACGUGUUGUACCGACAUUGUCUCACUGGCUUCUGUAAAUUGGCUCGGCAUUUGACCUGUUGUUGUUGCCGGCCAAAGAACUCUAUAGUGACGGACGACAAUUGCUGCCUUUGCCACUUUGCCGGAGUCAAAUACAUGUCGAAGCUCUCCGCGGAUGAUAUCAUCUUUGCCUCGUUCAACAAUCGCGUCUUUGAAUUGCCAUUUUGUGUGAUAUCGGAUCACGAUAGAGAGAGCAUAGUCGUGGCCGUGCGGGGAUCCAUAUCUCUGAGGGAUAUAUUUACGGACUUCUCGGCAGGAUCUGAAAAAUUUGAGGCUGACGGAUUACCGGAAGAUACGGCAGCACAUAAGGGCAUGUCUAUGGGAGCAGCUAAAAUGCUAAGACGCCUCCUCCCUGUGCUCGACAGAGCGUUCGCGCAGUUCCCGCAUUAUGAUUUAGUUCUAACAGGUCACAGCCUUGGAGCAGGAGUAGCAGUAUUAGUCGCGUUAAAAUUAAGGCCAAAAUACCCACACCUCAAAGUGUUUGCAUUUUCGACACCAGCGGGAUUAAUAAGCCGAGAAGCGGCCAGGUUUACAGAGAGUUUUGUCAUGACAAUAGGAGUGGGCGAUGACUUAGUGAUGAGGCUCAGUGUUCACAGCAUAGAAAAUCUAAGAACAAAAGUAAUACAGACGAUACACGCUACUAAACUGCCGAAGUACCGAAUAAUGCUGAACGGGUUCGGCUACGCGCUGUUCGGCGUGCCGGCGCGCGACCUGGAGUCCACGUGGCGCCGGCCCGAGGACCUGGAGGCGAACAACUCCGACGACUCCGACGCGCUGCUCGUGCAGGGCGUGUCCACCGUGAGUGCUGAGGCAGCGCUAGUUUCACGGAACGUGUUCGCGCGUCGCUUCUCCUCCGCGCGGCUCUUCACUCCCGGCAGGAUCCUACACAUCGCACGUCGAAAGCGCAUGGGAAUCGAAAACAAUGAAGCUGAUGAAGAAGGGAAAGUGCGCACGCAAGAACCCACUUAUGAGAUGAGGUGGGCGUGUCCUGAGGACUUUAUGGAAUUACAAGUAAUGCCUAGGAUGCUCUUAGAUCACCUGCCGGAGAACGUACAUCGUACUAUACAAACAAUUAUCGAAGAAAAACAUUCGUACCGCGUCACUCAAGUCGUUUAGACCAUACUAUUCUGGUAUUUUGAAAUAUUGCCUUAAGUAGAAGCGAAACUGUAUGUCAUAUUCUGUAUGAAGCAAUAUAAAACUCGUCGUCGAAUUCGAUGGUUAAAAGUGUUAUAACCAAACUUUAUUCGAGAAAAAAAUGUAUAAAAACAAAUACGUAAAUUAAAAUAAAAACCAUAAACAAUGCAUAUCAGUGUACAUAAGGCAGAAUUUUUGUAUUCCAUUAUCGAAUUCGACGUCUAGUUUUGGAGCUUCAAGUACUUACAGAAUAACUUUACAGGUGACACUAAGUUAUUUCCGCGCUUAAGUUGUAUACUUUUAGUGUCCAAAAGUUCUAUGGAGUUCGAGGUUGUACUUGAUAUAACAGUGAUACAGAUAUCGAUUGUGCAACUAUUUGGUUUUUUGACAGUCUUAUUAAAAUAAAAUAGACAAAUUGAUAAAACUUUAAAUAAUGUAUUAAACUGAAUACAGUUCAAAUGGUAUCAAGCAAAGCUAUUCGUAAGAUAUUCUGUUGUGUAAUUAACACUACAUAGUACAUUUCUUUUACACAACAAUGCAAAGUUAUACAUACUUAUUUAAUCACUACGUUCCUUGCUUUAAAUCCAACUGCCGCACACGCUUGCCAUCUCAAUACGGCCUUACUUAUAAAUGUUGUCAGUCAUACACGGAUUAAUCUCGAUGACUUCAAUAAUUUGACAAGAAGACAUAACACUGUCUAGCAAAGUAUCAAUUUUUUUUGUGGCUUUUAUUUGUAUUACCAUCUUCACAACAUUUAUUAUAGGUAAAGCCGAGAAAUUCCACUUUGUAUGAAUAACUUAUAGCUUAUUGUCUAUGAUCAAAUGAAUAAUUGUGAUCAAUUGUGUAUUUUAGUAUUAAGGUAGUUUGCUAUCCUCAAAUUGUAAUUCCUGAUUUAACGUGGUAUACUAUCAUUGAAUAAAAUUGAAUGUCGCGUUCUCUUCGCAAAAAAAUCACUCGAACAAUUGGAUAAAAAAGGCACAACAUAUACAAACAGUCAUUUAUAACAAUUAUUUUUCACACAUAUUACUAUAUAGAACUAAGUAUGACAAGUGUUAGCUAAUUACUAAAUUUUAAUCAAAUAAAAUGUUUAUUUUUUUCGUAUUUCUGUAAAUAUAAUCUUAAGUAAAUAUUGAACAUAUACAUAGUUUUUAAGUUAUAAAAACUGAGAAUGGCAUUCGUAGAUGUAAUGUGAGAAGACUGUGAUGACGUUAGUUUGAAAAUAUAAAAUAUAGAAGAAUAUAUAUUUUGGAGUAUAAAGUUAGUAUUGAUUCAACAGGCUUAUGAUUUUGCAUGUAAUUGUAUAUAGGCUUUUUAUAUAUAAGGGUACGUUCAAACGUUAAAAACGUUCUGACACAUUUAAGCGUUGCUUCUUCGAUAUUAUAUUCAUUUCAUAAAAACAAAAUUUAGGUCGGUUGCUUUAAAUCGAGUUGAAAACUCAAAGUUGAUUUGCUCAAUUGAAAAGCAAUUUAUUUUCAAAAAAUGUUUUUAAUUCGCGUAUUAUUUUUGUGUGUAAUGUUAAGACUCGCGAAGCUACCAUACCACUUAGUACAAUAACUAGAUAAAGUAGGAUACUGCGUUACCGGUGUCAAUUAUGUAGAAAAUACAAAAUAGUUUUAUUUUACUCUCUGUAAGUUUAUAACUACAAAGAAUUCGGAGAUAUUUCUUGCAUAAUGUUCUCAUAAUAUUAUCUAACUAAUCGGUCAAUAUUAGUUUAAUAAUUGCACCCAUUAGGCAUUUUAUCUAGGGUAUAAAAGAUUUUUAUUGUAAUUUUGAACACAGCUAUUGUAAAUAUAUUACGUACCUCACAUUUAGAAAGCUUGCCAACAUUGGAUCCAAUCUAUACUACACCAAUUAUGAUCUACUUAAUAUUAUAAACUUCGGGAACAAAUUGAGCGAACUUGAUAAAUAAUUUAACAAUAUAUAUCUCGACCUUAGCAUAAACGUCUACUAUGUACGUUACAGCAUUUACCUCGUAUAUAAAUAUAAUAUAGAGUAAACUAUACAUUCCAAUUUCCGUAAAGAUAACUCAGUCCUAUUUUCUUAUGCUGUCCGGCUGCACGUAACGAAUUCCAACAUAUACAUAUAUUCCUACUUGUUGUUCGAAACGUCUACGCGGUACAAGUAUUUUUAAACUAUUUUAAUCUGUGGUUUAUAGAAUCGACGACUCAAAUAUUUGAAAUUGUGUGAAGGAGAUUAUGUACUGACUCAGUGCAAACGAUAGAAUAAAAUGAUAGUUAAUUAAAAAGAAAAAAAAAAACAAUUUAUUUCUUGUUUUCUCGUGUCUUUUCCUAGUAUAACGAAAUAUCUCUUUGAAGUAGAGUUAACUGUUUAUAAUUACUAUACAAUUGCAAAUUGUUAGUCGUGUAGCCGGACUAUAAGUUGCUUCGUGAUGCUUGGACAACUUUAUGUAGUGCCUUAGUGGUUCCAGAUUUUUAAUGAACGUUACUUAGUGUUUCUUAAUUUAUAUUAAAUUUAUCCUUAAUAAUAUGAAAGUUUUGUUCACUUAAAAAUGGUUACUUAUUAUUAUUAUUUUUAUAAAUAUAAAAUACUCAGAUGAA